CCAUUUCUAAAAACACACAUUAAUCCAUUUUCAUAGCCAACCGAACCAUGUCUCUAAGCAGCCAUCGUCGUCCUGGUGUUAUAGUUAAUGGAGUCCGUAGGAUGAGAACCUACCAUUAUUUCUGGUGUCUCCAUUGCCAACGAACCGUAAGGUUCACCAAUCCAAACCCUUUUGAAACUUAUUGUCCCCAUUGUUUUCGUCAACUUAGUCACGAGCUGGAUGUCUCAAGGCCUAGGCUUCAAGCUGAUCAUGGCCUCGAACCCUACGAGACGACUACCAGGUUAUUCGAUACGCUGGCCGCCGCUCUCGACCCUUUGACCAGGCGUCAAAGCACUAAUAGAAGAACUCGUUGGGAUCAAUCAGGACCCGAGAUGAGACCUAUGGUCACUCUCGUUGAACGACCUCGCGAGCAGUCGAGUUCUAUCGUUGCGCCCCAGGAUACAGGCAACGAGAUAGAUGGUUUCAUCGAAGGCUUAACUGGGAACGACAGGCCAGGGCCGCCACCAGCGGCUGCUUCAGCCAUCGAAGCGUUGCCGGUGGUGAAAAUCACGGAAAACCAUCUGAUAAACGUCACUCACUGCCCCGUUUGCAGGGAUGAGUUCAAGGUCGAUGGCGAAGCAAAAGAGCUACCGUGCAAGCAUUUGUAUCACUCUGAUUGUAUCGUACCUUGGUUGAGCAUUCACAACACCUGUCCCGUUUGUCGCUACGAGAUCGGUGAUGAUAACGACACUGCCACCGCCGAUGAUGAUCAAACCGGUGAAAUGCUUUUUCGGGACAUCGGUUUCGUUGUCGACGAUCUUGCGAAUGGGCUUACCCGAUUGCGAACUCGGUUCCUUUCUUCAGGGCCUCUUCGUGCAUUCUCUCACUGGACGCACCGAUAUCUCGAUUUUCUCGGUAGCAGAACCAAUGCAAGUAAUCUCUCUCGCGAGGCUAGCUCCUGGUGGCCAUCUUGGUUCAUUCUAUAGCUUCUGUCUACUCUAAAAAUCACCAGCGUGC